GAAAUGAAAAGGGGUAGAAUUCUUGGACAAGUUGAAAAUUGAUAAACAAAAAUUUACUAUCGCUAAAAGUCGGCUGAAAUUUCUUUUCACCUCUUCUUCUAAAUAUAAAUUUUAUAAAAAUGAGUGACGAAGUGAAAAAAUUCUUCACGGGCAUUCUACAAAAAGUGAAUGGAUUGAAGGUGAUAAUAAUCAGCGAUCGUGAUGGUGUCCCUUUAAUGCGAUUAUCAAAAGAUAACAAAUUUCCAGAGCUGGGAACGAAACAAUCUUUUCUAGCCACAUUCACAAUCUCCAACGAGCAGUCGAGUAAAAUGCUAUUGGGAAGAAACAAGUCCAUAAUUUCUAUGUACAAGUCAACUGUGGUAAUUCAAAUGAAUAAAUAUCCAUUAACUAUAACAUUUGUUGGUUCUGAGAAUUGCAAUACGGGACACAUCAUGUCAUUUGAGGAUGAGUUAGAUAAAUAUCUAGAAGAUUUUAAGCUCGCAGUUGAAAAUUAAUACAAGAUAUAAAUAAAAAAAGAAACCAUUUAUUUAAUUUCUUAAUUCUUAUUACCUCUCAAAAAUUUGUCAAAGGUUUUCACCCCCAACUGGGAAAAUUUUAAAUCAAAGUGCCGAAGUUGAAAGCAAACUUUAGUAACCUUUCACAUAUUGUUUUUUUUUAUCGAUGGUGUUGUACAAUUUCUAGCAAAUAUGAUGAGUAACAAAUAAGAAGUGACUUUAAAUAAGCUGAAAUGGAAUAUUCAACAAUGAAGAAGAUUUGAUAAAAGAAAAACUAACAAAAGCAACACCCAACUGGACAUUUAUUAGCUCUCCUCCCUUUUCACUUCUACAUGAUUCCUGUGCCAAAAUUUAUGCUUUAGAUUUACAAGAAGAAAAGAAGAAAGAUAUAAGUGAGUUUAAAAGAAUAAAAGAAAGAAGUCAUUGAGAGAGUUUUGAGAAAACAAGUAAACAACAGCUAGUCAAAAAGAAAUUCUUAAUUUGGAAGCGAGCGAUAGACUUUCAUCGAUUGAAACGAAAGCAUUCAGAAAGCGAAUGAAAAAAUGAUAACGAACUGAAAAAAAAAGUGCGGAACAAUUUUUUUAUAACAAAAAGAAAAUUUUAAAAGACGGAAGAGAAAUAUUAAUUAAUUAAUUAUAAGGUAAAGAAACUAAUUUUCAUAAAGAAAAAGAAAUCACCAACGAUGGGCAACAAACAUUCGUGUUGUUCGUUCUCCAGUCCUAGUCCACCGGCUCGUAAAGCAAAAGCAAAAGAUCCGCCUGUGUUCGAAGAACAUUUACCAGAAGGUGAAUUGUCAACGAAUAAUCUUCAGCACAUUUCAGAACGUGAAGGUGAUGAUGGUGCUGAUGCUGAUCCAUCGGUUGAUCCAUCAGCUGCUACACUCUUCCUUGAACGUUCGAAACAAAGUCAGGAGAAUGGAAUGACUAGAAAGAAAUCUUCCCAUCAGAUUGCGCCACAAGGUGGACUCAAAAAGAGCUCAAGUUGUAGCACAAUUUAUCUUGAUGACAGUACAGUGUCGCAGCCAAACCUUAAGAAUACAGUCAAAUGUGUAUCGCUAGCCAUUUAUUAUCACAUUAAGAACAGACAGUCAGAACGACGCAUUGACAUUUUCGAUGAGAGAAUUCAUCCAUUGACACGCGAUGGUGUUCCAGAAGAUUACGACCGACAUAAUCCAGAACAUCGUCAGAUUUAUAAAUUUGUGCGGACACUUUUCAAUGCCGCUCAACUCACAGCAGAAUGUGCAAUCAUCACACUUGUCUAUCUUGAGAGACUGUUGACAUAUGCAGAGUUGGACAUUGCUCCAUGCAAUUGGAAAAGAAUUGUUCUUGGUGCAAUUUUAUUAGCAAGUAAAGUGUGGGAUGAUCAAGCUGUAUGGAAUGUUGAUUAUUGUCAGAUCUUAAAAGACAUCACUGUCGAGGAUAUGAACGAGUUAGAGCGUCAAUUUCUCGAGAUGCUUCAAUUUAACAUAAAUGUGCCGUCUUCUGUGUAUGCAAAGUACUAUUUUGAUCUGAGAUCGCUGGCUGAGCAAAAUGAUUUGUCAUUUCCAACGGAACCGCUUUCAAAAGAGCGCGCUCAAAAGCUUGAAGCGAUGUCGCGGGUAAUGCAGGAUAAAUUCACAGCUGAAGCUUUGAAAAAUGGUAUGAAGAAAUGGUCGUCAUUGGAUAAUAUAAAAGACUCGGCACCACGAAGAAGUGUUGCGAUUUUAUCAUGAUUAUUUAGCUUUUCAUUGAAUUUCAAACUUAUUUUAUGUCAUGUGAAUGUAAAGUCGCGAAAAUCUUAAAAUUGAAAUUAAUUAAGACGACUUUUCUUUUAAAAAUCCUUUAACUUCUGUAAUUCAUAAGAAGAAAUAUUUUCCAUGAAUUUAAUUUACCUUUCAGAUUAAAGCAUUUGUUUUUUUUUAUUGGAGAAGGAAGAAAUGAGAUGGAAAACAUUAAUUUGUGAAUAAACUGAUCCAAUUUUAAA